AUGUCAACAAUAAAGUCAGACAACACAAACUCAGGUAAGUAUAUGUGGCUGUAGUUGUAAAUAAUUAUUUUAAGGUUUUAACCCCAAACUUAAUAAAACGGGAAGCAUAUUCCUGUUUUCUUCAGUGCAGAGGCUAUGGGAAGGUGACACGACAGUUACUGCAGAAUUGGAAUAGGAAUUGUCACAUUUCAUUCAAUUCAUUACGUGAAGCAGCCCUUCAUAAUCUUCACACUAAAGUCUACUUAAGGUUUUUCUGACCAUAUUUGGUUUGAUAAAGAUGGAAAAUUGUAUUAACUUGUUGAACAUUAAUAUUUCACAUUUCUUAUCUCACUUUAAUGUUUAUUUCCCCUUUCUUAGAUAAUCACCGUGGCUACAUUCAGAAUUUAAGCCCCAUUAAACGCUCACGAAAUCAAAAUCAGUGGUUCGAUUUUGACCUCCAAACCAGCCCAUCCAAGUUGGGAAGAGUUGUGGGAUUUAAUAUUGCAAGCCACUCCACAUUACAAGAACAUGAGGCAUCAAAAACAGCCGUAACCCUUCAAAACACUAAGGAAAAUGACAAUAAUCAAAUCAUAUUCAACCAACAAUCAAUGGUCAGGGUUGCGCCAACCUUUGACAUUGAUUUUGACUAUCAGCCCAUCCAUCAAUCUCAAAAGACUGUACCGUCAGCUCAGCCUGCCAAAAAGAUUACACUUGAAGAGCUCCCCACACUUCAAGUCAAUCAGAAAGUGAACGUCACUGCUUCAAUUUCACUGGGAAAUGAAAAGCCUAAACCAGUUGAACUGAGAACAUCAAAGGAGAUGACAUCAGUGAAGGAAGAUUGUGUUCUAGAAGAUGAAACUGGAACUGCAGCUAUUCAUGUAUGGGAUCCACUUAUUAACCAGAUUAAAAGUGGCACCACAUAUGUGAUUGACGACCUUACUGUAAAACACUUCCAAGGAAUCACCCAUUUAGGAACAACACGUGCAACAACCUUUCAAGAGGCCGAUCAGCAGCUGAAAACUCUAAAUUACUCCAAAAUCCUGAGAAAGAAGCAAAAGUACAGAGAUUUAAGAUGA